AGAUUAAAUCUUAAACCUUUAAUAAAUCAGAUGAAUAAGGGAAAUUAUAUGUUUCAUAUUGAAAAUGGUCUCUUAGUCAAUAAAUGUGUCAAAAGUGAAGCACAAAUUCUCAUUCUUAUUCCUAAACAGAAAUGGUUCCAUCAAAAAUAUUUACCUGGCUUAUUAUUGCAAUUGUAUUUACUACUUCCGUUCAGCAGUAUGAAAUGAGAGAUACUUGCAGUAGUUGGAGACUCAAAAUUCAUCGUGAGGAAGAACUAUCCGGUCCAGUUCGAUACACGAGUUCAUUUCUUACCAAUAUUGCGGCUACAGUAUCAACAGAAAUGAGGAAUUACACUAACUUACAACUUCGAUUAGAGAGUAUAGCGGAAAGCUACAAUCUGUACAAUGGUUCAGAUGACGAAACAAACAGAACACUACAAAAUCUUCAACGAGAUCCAGAAGUUCAGGAAAUAGUGAGGGAAUGUGAAAAAUCUCAUGUUGCGCAUACAUGUAGCAGUAGCACUCUGUACAGAAGAGCUGAUGGCAUUUGUAAUAAUCUAAAACAUCCAAUGUGGGGCAGCGGUGAUUAUAAGAAUGACCGGAUGAUGCCCCCUGCUUAUAAUGGUAUAAGUGGAUUUCGCAAAUCUGUGACUGGAGAGGAUCUUCCGGCGUAUCGCAGCAUAAGUUUAGAAUUAAAAAAUACAAGUAAUCCUUCGCAACUAGUAUCGGCGUUUUUUACAUAUUAUGGACAGUCCAUUGUUCACGAUAUUACGCUAAUACCAGGAAUAGGUGCUGAUAUUAGAACUAUUACUGACUGCUGUACUCCAAAUGAGAAUCCUUCAAUUUGCGCCACGAUUUCUUACAGCGAAAACGAUCCCUUUUAUAGUCAGUACAAUAAAACCUGUCUUCCGAUUCUUAGAACAGCACCCUACCCUACAUGUGGUUUCAAUAAACGAAUUCAGAUGAAUAAAAUAACGUCCUUUCUUGACCUCUCUAUCAUGUACGGCAGCACUAAAGAGAAGGAGAAGGCUGUUCGAGGAAAAAAUAACUUAGGAAGACUAAAGACUCAAGGCUCCAAAUUUGGAAGCAUUUUGCCAAAAUCUGAAAUUGAAGACGCUUUGUUUUGCCCAAGGAAUAGAACAGAAUCGUGUUUUUCAUCAGGCGAUGAGCGUGUGAAUCAGCAUGUUGAGUUGGCGUCCGUGCAAACCAUGUAUGUUCGAUGGCAUAACAAAAUGCACGAUAUUUUACAUUCCAUGAACCCACACUGGAAUGGAGAGAAACUGUAUCUCGAGACAAGACGACUUGUAACAGCUUUGCAGCAGUACAUGGUGUACAACGAAUACUUACCACUAUUGGUGGGUCGUCAGAACAUGAGGAAGCACAAACUUUACGUUGAUUCAGGAUCCCUGUAUGAUGAUGAACUCAGCCCGAAUAUGUUGCUCGAAUUCAACACAGCUGCUUUUAGGCUGCACAGCAUGGUACCCAAGGAGACCAGCAAGUUCCAUCCCAAUAUAUCGUUUGACCUCUCCUAUUCCUUCUACUGUCCCCUACACCAAGGGCAAAUAGGUUCAUAUGUUGGAGGAUCAUGCGAAGUACCCUCUCAAAGAAACGACCCUUUUAUACAAGAUGACGUGAAAGGUUUUUUAUAUAGGCCACCAGGCGGGACUUAUGGGGAUGAUAUGGCAGCGCUAAAUAUUGUCAGAGGAAGAGACCACGGACUACCAGUUUAUAUUGAUAUGGUAAAGAAUUGCUCAAAUGGGAAAAUCAAGAUAACAGAAUUUUCCGAUUUAUCGAAAUUAAUGACUACGGAAAAUAUCCGUUUGCUCGAGAGCAUAUAUAGGGACGUGCGGGACAUAGAUCUAUGGGUUGGCCUGAUAUUAGAGAGAGAAUUGAAAAAUGUGGUCACGGGUCCAACCGCUGCCUGCAUAUCAUCUGCCCACUUCCAUCGUAUGAAGUAUGGAGACAGCUUUUUCUUUACCCAUGAAAAUGGAAGGUAUCCCUUCACUAGAGCUCAACUGAGGACUAUUAGGAAGUAUUCUUUAUCUCGUUUCAUUUGUGAUACUACUAAUCUUACUCAAAUUCGCAAAUAUCCUCUAACUUUACCAGGAAACAGGAAUCCUCUGAUUUAUUGUGAAAAUUUUCGAUUUGAUUUAUCAGCAUGGAAAGAAAACAAAUGAGUCGUUCUAAAAAGGAAGAAAAGAGAAUCAGAUGAAAAUACUCAUUUACCAUGAAUUUAAAGCUAAAGUAUAUUCGAAUUAGGUACAUGCUUUUACAGAAUGUAUUAAAUAUUUUUAGAAAAUAAAGUAUUUAAAAUACUGUUAAAAA